CAUCCAUAAGAACCUCAACCCAGUGUGGGACGACAGAGUAAGCCUUCUGGUGGACACCCUGAAAGACCCGCUAUACGUCAAGGUUUUUGACUAUGACUUUGGACUUCAGGAUGAUUUCAUGGGCUCUGCAUAUCUCCACCUGGAGUCACUGGAACAUCAGAGGUCACUGGAUGUGACGUUGGACCUGAAGGACCCACAGUUCCCUGAACACAACCUGGGCAGCCUGGACCUCGGUGUCACUCUGUCACCAAAGGAGGGAGACAUGAAGGAUGCUUAUCAGAGCAUGCGCCUGUCAGAUGUGCACAGAAAGUCCCAGCUGUGGCGAGGGAUAGUCAGCAUCAGUCUGAUCGAAGGCCGCAGCCUCCAGCCAAUGGACGCCAACGGCCUCAGUGACCCUUACAUCAAAUUCAGGAUGGGGCACCAGAAGUACAAGACCAAGACAAUUCCCAAAACGCUGAACCCUCAGUGGAGAGAGCAGUUUGACUUCCACCUGUAUGAGGAGCAGGGAGGCUACGUGGACAUCACGGUCUGGGACAAAGACGCUGGCAAGAAGGAUGACUUCAUGGGAAGGUGUACCGUAGACCUGACACACCUCAGUAAAGAACAGACACACAAGCUGGAGCUGCCGCUGGAGGAAGGUGAAGGUGUUCUGGUGCUGCUGGUUACACUCACUGCCUCCGCCGCCGUUUCCAUCUCAGACCUGUCUGUCAACAUGCUGGACGACCCGAACGAGAGGCAUCAGAUCAUGCAGAGAUAUAGCCUGUGGAGGUCAUUCAACAGCCUGAAAGAUGUCGGUGUGGUGCAGGUAAAGGUCAUCAGGGCUGAGGGACUGAUGGCAGCAGAUGUCACAGGUAAGAGUGACCCUUUCUGUGUGGUGGAGCUGAGUAACGAUCGGCUGCAGACACACACUGUCUACAAAAACCUCAACCCAGAGUGGAACAAAGUCUUCACUUUUAACGUGAAGGACAUCCACUCGGUACUUGAGGUCACUGUUUACGACGAGGACCGAGAUAGAAGUGCCGACUUCCUGGGGAAAGUGGUUAUUCCUUUACUAAAUAUCCAAAAUGGAGAACGCAAAGCCUACGCCUUGAAAAGCAAGGAGCUGACAGGGCCAACAAAAGGGGUCAUCUUUCUCGAAAUAGACGUGAUUUUUAAUGCUGUAAGCUGGACGGCACACUGGGGAAGCCAGGAAUGUUUCUUCCAGAUAUCUGGUCAAGAAAAGAUAGUGAUGGGGAAAUCUGGUCAAAAGAAUGAUCGCAGUUUCUCUCCCUUUAGGUGGAGACGACAGGCAGCAAAGAACAGGAGGUUCUGCAUCGUUUGGAUCAACAGGAUGGUGAAUAAACAGGUGGAGAAGCAAACCGCUGAGAUAAGUGCAGAACUCCUCGACUUGUGGUAUACGCUGACAGAGACGAUGUCUGAUAUUCAGAAUCUGAGAGAGAUGGUGUCUGAGAUUCAAGAGCUUGGAGAGAUGGCGGUAGCAGCAAAUGAGAUAUUCCUAAAUUACACGAGGCAGGAGCAAGAGGAGAGAGUCCUAUUAAGGUGCCACGGAAGAAUCGAGCAAGAAUACAUGGAGGAAAGCAAAGAGGAGGAAAAAGAUGAAGCAAACUCUGUGAAUUUGGAGACUUUAAGUCAGAGCCCUGAUAUAGGAACCAGUGGUAGAGACACCAGUGACGCCGCUAAUGAUUCUGUCCCCAGCUCACCGCCAGCUAUAUUUGAGGAAGAGGAAAACCAAGAGAUGUCAUCAGAUGUUGCCACUGUCGCUGACACCAGCCGGUUAAAGGAAUACUCGAGGAAUCCCUUUGAUCCCGGGUUCACUACCGCGGGACUCGGGUGUGAGGAGGAAAGAGUCAGAGUGGAUGGAACAAAAGAGGACGAUGAGGAGGAUGUGCAGACGGAGAGACAAUGGAAGGAAUGGAUGGACAAACAGGAAAUGAGAGGGCACACUUACAAAGUAAAGCAAGUUGACCAACAGAAUACUGAAAAACCGAGAGAGGCAGCACAUCCACAGAAAGAGGUGAUGCAAAACCCAAAAGAGGUCAAAGCUGUGAAAAAAAUGAAGACCCUUUUCUUUGACCUCAUGAAUCCUGUUAAAUUCCAUAAAUGGGAGAGAUUCGAAGAUGAGGACUGA